AUGACAGAAUCGGAGUAUAGCUCAAAGGUAAGGCUUUUAAUAUUACAAAUACUUUUACAACAUCAGCAGUCAUUGGUCAUGAAGAAUAAAGAUCUCGACAUCAAGAAACUCUUAGUCGAACCUGUAAUAGAUAUUGAAGUAAUGAAUAAUUGCCAAUCAAACACAUUUCUAAAAUUAAAUGCACCUACUGUAUCUAAACUGACUGUCAGAAAUCUAAGGUUUUUGGUCGAAGAAUGGCUUUCCGAAGGUAUCCCUAAUGUACCGAAGGAAGAAACUACCAUUAUCACACUAGCAAACUACUAUUAUUCAAAGAGGAUCAACGAAUUAGAAGAGAAGGAACUACCAACCAUCAGAAGUGAAGCUAAGGAGUUAUUUGACCGAUUAAAAUAA